CCAUUUCUAAUACGUACCUCUCUUAAUUUCUUUCAAUAAUGGCCUCCUCUAAUCAAUACUUCCUCAUCUUCUCCACCUUCCUCCUCUUCCUCAUUGCUCCUUCUUUUGCUCAACAAUCUUUCCGGCCAAAAGCCCUCGUUGUUCCCGUCUCAAAAGACGCCGCCACCCUCCAAUACGUUACGCGUAUUAACCAAAGAACCCCACUUGUUCCGUUGAGCCUAGUACUUGAUCUUGGCGGCCAAUUUUUGUGGGUAGAUUGUGAGCAGAAUUAUGUGUCCUCCACAUACCGCCCUGCCCGGUGCAACUCAGCCCAAUGCUCACUAGCUAGAGCCGGUGGUUGCGGGGAUUGCUUUUCAGCCCCCAGGCCAGGGUGCAACAACAAUACAUGCGGUGUCACACCCGGCAACUCCGUUACCCACACCGCCACCAGUGGUGAGGUAGCCGAAGAUGUCGUGUCCGUCCAAUCGACCGACGGGUCGAACCCUGGCCGGGCCGUUACGGUGUCCCGGUUCCUUUUCUCAUGCGCGCCAACUUUCCUCUUGGAGGGUCUCGCCGGUGGGGUUUCAGGUAUGGCUGGACUCGGCAGGACUAGAAUUGCAUUUCCUUCGCAAUUUGCUUCUGCCUUUAGCUUCCACAGGAAAUUUGCAAUUUGCUUAUCCUCUUCAACCACCUCAAACGGUGUCGUAUUUUUCGGGGAUUCUCCUUACGUUCUACUUCCUAAUGUUAAUGUCUCUCAGUCCCUCACCUACACCCCGUUGUUUAUCAACCCUGUAAGCACAGCCUCGGCCUACACACAAGGCGAGCCGUCGUCAGAGUAUUUCAUCGGCGUAAAAUCUAUCAAGGUUGAUGACGUGGUCGUGAAAAUAAACACAACACUGCUUUCCAUUGAUAGUGAAGGUUUUGGCGGGACUAAGAUUAGCACUGUCAACCCUUACACCGUUGUGGAGAAAUCUAUCUACAACGCAUUGACCGAGGCUUUUAUCGCUAAGGCUGCUGCCAGGAACAUCACGAGGGUGGCUUCUGUGGCGCCAUUCGACGUCUGUUUCAGCUCCGAGAACGUGCUGAGCACGCGUCUUGGGGCGUCUGUGCCGACCAUCUAUCUUGUUUUGCAAAACGAGAGUGUUUACUGGAGCAUUUUCGGUGCCAACUCGAUGGUUGAGGUUAGCGAGGAUGUAUUGUGCCUUGGAGUUGUUAAUGGAGGUGAAAAGCCAAGGACUUCGAUUGUUCUUGGAGGAUAUCAGUUGGAGGACAAUCUUUUGCAGUUUGAUUUGGCAACGUCGAGGCUAGGAUUCAGCUCUCUUCUGUUCGGCAGGCGAACUACAUGCUCAAACUUCAACUUCACCUCCAACCCCUAGGCGGUUUAUUCAGUGAUUAACAUGGAAUUAUUUCCUGUAAUUCUAUGAUAUGUCUACAUGUGUUGCUGUCUGAAUAAUUCUCGACCAUGAUUUACUAAAGGUCGAUCGAUCACCCAAAAGUGUUUGUUUCAUGGUGUUUGUAUCAACUCAAUAAGAUCGAUCAUCAUAUAUAUUAUUAAGAUCACAGAUUUCGUUA